AGUGUCUACCGUAAGAUACUAGUACCGUUUUUACGGCAUUUAGCUUUACUUUAACCUGGUUCUCAAGUAAAGCAGGUAACCAGAAAUAUUACAGAAAACAAACAAGAACAAAUACACUAAAACGGGGAGCAAAAUAAAGCUAUUUCGCAAAAAUGUCGGGAAAGCCAUAUCCUACAGCACAAUAUGGAUCGGGAUACCCGCAACAACCCCAAUAUCCAACAAGCUACCCCCAGCCUCAGUAUCAGACCGGGUAUCCUUACCAGCAACAAUAUGGUCAGCCUGUUCAACCAUCAGCGCCAUAUUAUGGUAAUCCAAACCCACCACCAUACCAAGAGGCACCACCACCAUACUCUCAGUAUCAGGCAGGGCCGCCAGCGCCACAACCCAUGUAUCCUCAGCAGAUGCCUCCCCAGCAGCAGACAGUUAUUGCCCCUGGAUUAUUCGACUCCGGGGCAAGAUUUGAUGGUAUCGCCCAACAAAGAGUUCCUCCCCCACCACCAGGUGUUGCGCCCAGUCAGGCUCAGCUGGCAGCCAUGCAGGGACAUCAAGUUGUAGGUAGCCAACAAGGUACAAGCUGGAUCUCUGGAGGAAGAAACGAUGGUGGUUAUACAUGGGGAUUCUAACAUUUACUCUAUAUGGUGGGAAAGUUGGUGAUGCAUACAAGAUCUAAAGUCUGUGAUACUGUUAUAUCUGCACCACAUUGACUUGACUAUGUUACAAUUUAAGCCCAAAUUUCAUCAAUGUUCCAUAGAUAUAUUAAUCUAUAGCUCUGCACAGAAUAAACAGUUGCAUCAUAGGAAAAUUUUAUUUAUGUGAAAACACUAUUGUAGGUAUAUAUACCCUUUAGAAGAUGUGAUUUCCUGUUGCGUAUUUAUUUGUAGAAAUAGAGAAAAAUGUUAAGUUGAAUAUUGUGAAAAUCAUCUUUUUUUUUCGUUUAAAAGUUGAAAAUCAUUUCCCUAAAGAUAUAUUAUGCUCAAACUUGUUAUUUAAGAUUUAUUUGUCUCUUUGUAAAUAUAAAAUCAAGAUGUUACGAUUUCAAACAGAGUAGAUAUACAAUGUAGUAUGUAUAAUAUUUCUACACACUUUAGGAGCCCAUAAUGUGAAUAUAUUAUAGUCUCAUUAAAAAAAGUUUUAAGAAAGGAAAAAAACUUUACUUGACCCGUUUUAGGGAAUGCAGCUUCUGGUACAUAGAUUUCAAAUUAAACAUUUUCAGUAAGAAUUUUAUAGAUUUCAAUAAAUUUCAGCAAUAGAAAAUUAUUUUACUCAAAGAUGAGCAUAGUAUAUCUUUAACUACAUUGUAAGGAUAUUUUUAAAAAAAACUUCGCAAAAAAAAUGUUAUUUUCUGCCAGUAAAAAAUGAAAAGAAUACACUUUAUCUUACAUGUACUUAAUUGUUUAUUUUUUUAAUUGAAUGUAAAAACUGUAUGUCAUAUGCCUCAACUUAUGGUACUUUAGUGGAGAAUCUUCAUUAUUUACAGAUAAAAACUUGCUAUUUAUUGUUUAAAUACAUGAUUGUAGAAUUAGGUGUUUUAGCAAAUUUAUUGUUUUACAAGGUAAUGGCUCUGGAAGCCAAAAUAUUAAUUUUUUUAUUCUUUUUGUGUAUAUUUAUAUAAUUAUGUAGAAAAAAAGUUAUUUUGUUUUAACUUCAUACCUAAUACAUGUAUUCAAGAUUUCUAUUAAUCAAACUCUUGUUCAUGUUUUCAUUAUAAAUUAUGCACAAGUCAAUUGUAACAUUGGCCGACCUACCCUGUUGAAAAGCUAAGGCUUUGACCCCCUUUUAAAGGCCCCACCCUGCACAGACACUUUGAAGAUAAAGUUCCCUAUAACAAGUCGUACACUGUAUUGCCCAUCAUCGUGGGUAAAAGGAUGGUAGGGAGCAGGGUUGCAAUUGUCUUGUAUAAGUUAUCACCAUUCUUUCAAUCUUUGCAACAUUUUUUUUGUAAUAUAGGCACUCAAUAUCAUUUCAAUUUCAAUAUAUGUUUCUUACCUUGGAUACACUUGUCAUGGUCAUUAUUUUCUUCUUUUGUCAUGCUCUCAGAAAUUUUUGUGCAAGUAUAAAAAAAAAUAAUUUGCUCAUUCUUGAAAUGCAUUGGUCACCCUUGCAGAGUCUUGAAAAACACAUUGUUACUGAUAUCGUAGGUAAUUGGUAUGUUAGUAUCAACCAUGUACUUCUUUCUUCCGCUGAAUGCCAAGUCAACUGGUUCUAGGUCAUCAAGGUUAAAAAUAGAUUACUCACUGUAAAAUAAGCUUUGUCAUUCAGUUCAAAGUAUCACCAGGGAGCAUCUUUUGUUAAUGAUAAUGAUUUUUUUAACGAUUUUUGAAACAGUUUUUUUAACAUGAAGUUAUUCUCAUCAAUUCAAAUGCAUAGAUUUAUUUAAUUUUGUGUUUUUUAACUCUGAAAACCUAUAUUCCCCUAUAUAAAAGCUGACAAUUAAUUGUAUUUGAAUACUUUCUAAUUUACAUACUGUUUUUGACCAGUAAAUACACUGAUGUUGAUACCUAUUUAUUGGCACCAACUUUCUGUUAAAAUAGAUAAAAUAAAGACAAUUGAGAUUUUCCAAUUAGUUUUUGCAUGAUUUUAGGACAUUAUUUUGUUCCAAAAAGUUCAGGUUGAAAUAAAGUUACUGCAUCUUUCUAAAUCAAAAUAUUUUCAUUCUUACUCUUGUGUUAUUCAGAAUCAAUUAUCUGAUGGUGUUGGAAAUUCUUUUACUUACAUAAAUACCCAAAACAUUUCACUUACAUUUGUUGUAUCUAUUGUAAAUAGUUGUAUAUGAUUUAUUUCUUGAGACAUUAAAUAAUAUGCGAAAGA